AUGUUAAGUAAUAUUUCGAGCCUCCCAUAUAGAGCAACUCCAGGCUUACAUUUCAAUGAAAUCAAACAAACCCUAGUACUUAGAAGUAAUCUUCGUCCCGACAUUGAACCAGAGUGGUCUGGCUUUGGCAACCAGUAUGGGUUAUCCAUACCGGCAAAGCCAUCUAUUGAAACAUUGGGCUCUCGUGGCUUGCUUGACCAAUCGGUCAAGUCCAUCUACCAAAUGUCUGAACCUGCUAUUCCUCUCAUACUAAGCGGGAUUAAUAUUGCAACAAUUAGUCAACACUAG